AUGAGAGGAUAUAAUAACUAUCACAAUAGAUACAACAAUUAUCCUGAUUACAAUAAUUUAGCAAAUUAUCAAGCAUAUCCACAAUAUAGAACAAAUUAUAAUGAUUUUGGUGCUAAUAAUAAUAAUUCAAAUAACUAUGGUAAAAACUUAACGCAGAUUGAUUGGAAGAAUGUAAAGUUGGUUCCAUUUGAAAAAAAUUUUUAUAAGGAACAUGAAGAAAUAUCUAAAUUAACAACAAAAGAAGUAAAAGAAAUAAGAGAUAAACACAAAAUUACAAUUUUAGAAGGUGAUAAUGUACCUAAUCCAGUUGUAUCAAUAAAUAAAAUAGGUUUUCCAGAUUAUGUUAUAAAAGCCUUAAAAAAUAAUAACAUAACUGCACCUACACCUAUUCAAAUACAAGGGUGGCCAAUAGCAUUAUCAGGUAAAGAUAUGAUAGGUAAAGCGGAAACAGGAAGUGGAAAAACGUUGGCUUUUAUUUUACCUGCAUUUGUUCAUAUUUUAGCUCAACCAAGUUUAAAAUAUGGAGAUGGACCCAUUGUUUUAGUAUUGGCACCAACUAGAGAAUUAGCUGAGCAAAUUCGUCAAGAAUGUAUCAAAUUUUCAACAGAAUCUAAAAUAAGAAAUACGUGUGCAUAUGGAGGGGUCCCCAAAAGUGGACAAAUUUAUGCUUUAAGACAAGGAGUACAUAUUUUAAUAGCAUGUCCAGGUCGUUUAAUUGAUUUAUUGGAGCAAAAUGUUACAAAUUUAAUGAGAGUUACUUAUUUAGUAUUAGAUGAAGCUGAUAAAAUGUUAGAUAUGGGAUUUGAAUUACAAAUUAGAAAAAUUGUUGAUCAAAUUAGACCUGAUAGACAAACAUUAAUGUGGUCAGCAACAUGGCCAAAAGAAGUUCAAGUUCUUGCAAAAGAUUUGUGUAAACAGCAACCAAUACAUGUAAAUGUUGGUUCAUUAACCUUGACUGCGUGUCGUAGUAUUAAACAAGAAAUUUUUCUUAUAGAGGAGCAUGAAAAAAUAGCUAACUUAAAAUCAUUACUGCACAAAAUAUUUAAAGAUAACGAUAGAAUAAUAGUAUUUGUGGAAACUAAAAAAAAUGCUGAUUUUAUCACAAAAGCAUUGAGACUGGAUGGAAUGCCUGCACUAUGUAUACAUGGAGAUAAAAAACAAGAAGAGAGAAGAUGGGUUUUGAAUGAUUUUAAAACAGGUAAAAGUCCUAUACUAAUAGCCACGGAUGUAGCAUCAAGAGGUUUAGAUAUAAAAAAUGUAAAAUAUGUUAUAAAUUUUGAUUUUCCUAAUCAAAUUGAAGAUUAUGUUCAUAGAAUUGGUAGAACAGGAAGAGCUGGAUCACAUGGUGCCUCUUAUACUUUUCUAACAGCAGAUAAAUACAGACUUGCUAGGGAUUUAGUUAAAAUAUUAAGAGAAUCUGAACAACCUGUUCCACCUCAGUUAGAAAAAAUUUCCUAUUCAAUGGGUAACCAUCAAAGAAGAAAUCCUUAUUACAGCUCAGGUCGUGCUACAAAUGCUAAUAAUAUUCCUCUAAAAGGAGUAAAUAGAUUUUACUAA